AUGGUCAACUCCACUCCAACAACGCCUCCAAGUACAACCUGCGUCACCAGACACAAGCCGAAAUCGAUCAACGAUGCUCCAUCCGCUGGGAUAGACUCCACCAUACCUUCACGCACCGCGGUCAACAUAGGCAACAUCCCGCACCUCUCACCCUUCGCGCUAUCCUUCCUCGCCCUCCCGCCUGAGCUCCUCACUCACAUCCUGCUCUACCUCGCGCCAGACGACCUAGGCAUCCUCUCCCGCGUCGUCGGACCACUUGAAGGUGUCGAGCGCGACUCGUACCUCUGGGCUGUUUGGGUGCAUUCAACGGCACCCUCGCGUGUGGGUCACGCCCUCUUCUCUCCUAUCCGGCCGGACGCCCUCGAGCUGGUGCGCCGCGGCACGCUACGUGGCAUGGCGAUCAUCAACGGCGUCCGCGCUGGCACGUACUGGGGCAGCCCCGCUGCGGUUCGCCUCAGCGCGAUACACGACACUCUCACGCGCCGCAGUCUACGCCGUCACCUCUCCCACGCCCUGUGCAUGCGCCCCUCGCGCCCGGCGCUUGUCAGAGCGGGCAUCCUGCCCGGCGUCCCGCGCGGAGCAAGCUCCAACAUCUCGGCUCGUGCAUAUAACCUCGAGCGCGCGCGUGCCCGCGACGCGGCGCGGCAGGCGCUCCGCGCCGGAGGUCUCAAGAGCUUCGUCGAGAAGGUGGGGCUGGGUAUCUGGAAGGACUCGCAGCGCGUACUCCUCGCGCUCUGCCCCAGUAUCCGGGAGCGGCAGCGGUUCUUCGAGGGUCUCGCGAGGGUGUGA